GGGGCCAACUUUCCCGGAUGUAUCAUGGAUCGCAAUCCCGCUUCUGAAAGCUAGCAUCUUCAGCCAUAAACCAAAGUUUACUGUGUUUUUAAUUCAAGAAUAUUUGUUUUAGGAACUGUUUUCAACUUCAAGAUGGGUUUGCUGACGAUUUUGAAAAAGAUGAAACAGAAGGAGCGGGAGAUGAGGCUGCUGAUGUUAGGCCUGGAUAACGCAGGGAAGACGACCAUCCUGAAAAAGUUCAACGGAGAAGAUAUCAGCACCAUCUCUCCAACGCUGGGCUUCAACAUCAAAACCUUGGAGCACAGAGGGUUCAAACUGAAUAUCUGGGAUGUAGGCGGUCAGAAGUCCCUGCGCUCCUACUGGAGGAACUACUUUGAGAGCACGGACGGGCUGGUGUGGGUGGUGGACUGCGCAGACAGACUCCGACUGGAGGACUGCAGGCAGGAGCUGAGCUCGCUGCUGCUGGAGGAGAGAUUAGGUGGUGCAACACUGCUGGUGUUUGCAAACAAACAAGAUUUACCAGGAGCGUUGUCCAAAGAGGCAAUUCGAGAGGCGUUGGCUCUGGAUGACAUCAAAACUCAUCACUGGUGCAUCAUUGGCUGCAGCGCAGUAACAGGAGAGAACCUGCUGGCUGGAGUGGACUGGUUAUUAGACGAUAUUGCUGCAAGGAUCUUCACUGCAGACUGAGGUCCAGGUUCUGACAUACUGUAGAUAUGUGACAGAUUAGAAAUUCGGCACUUUUGUUUUGCUUUUAUGCUUUGUGUUGUAAAAGAUGUUUGAUUUUCUUUAAUAAAUAAUUAUGACUGUGA